AUGCUUCUCCGUUUCUGGGCAGCCAAGAUGAAUGAGUUGGCUGAUGAACACAUAUUCUACUCGGCUUGCCUCGCGUUGUCAACUGUACAAGGUGAGAGAUGGCUCAUUUUUAGAGUCCGUUUGGCAAAUGGUCCAGUGAAAAGUGUUUCACUCCACUGCCUUCCACUCCACUGCUUGACUAGAAAAGUCUGUGCUGGGCCUCGGCUGAGUGCAGCCUCGAUGCUCGAUUAUCCUCAUUUGGGUUGUUCGGUUGCGGUGCUUCGUCGGAAGUCUGGACAACUGACAGGACACAAUCUGCUUGGAGGCAAAUAG